CGAAUAAGAAGAGAGUCAUAAUAAUCCAUGCAUAAUUAAUUUUAAAAAUUACUUUGUUCGUAACUCCUUUAGCAAUUAUAAUUGUAUAUAUAAAUCCUUAAAAUACACUUCUAAAUUUUCAAAUUCCUAAGUUUUAGACUUCAUAAUUUUCUAAUUUAGACUAUACAAAUUAUAUUAUCAUUAUGUCGACAGGUGACAAAGCUUAUUCUGUUCCACUUUAUACAACUUCCAAUGGAUGUCCUGUUAGGAAUCCGAACGCUAUGAUUAAAAUGGGAAAGUUUGGUCCCGCCCUUCUUCAAGAUCACCAUCUUAUUGAUUUAUUGGCUCAUUUUGAUCGUGAGAGAAUCCCUGAACGUGUUGCUCAUGCUAAAGGUUCUGGAGCACAUGGAUAUUUUGAAGUUACUGAUGAUGUAUCUGAUUUAGUUUAUGCUGAUUUUCUCAAUGGUAUUGGUAAAAGGACUCCAUUAUUUACCAGAUUUUCUACUGUUGGUGGUGAGAAAGGUACUGCUGAUUCCGAACGUGACCCUCGUGGAUUUGCUAUAAAGUUAUAUACUCAGGAAGGUGUCAUUGAUUGGGUUAAUAUCAAUAGCCCAAUCUUUUUUAUUAGAAAUGGUGUACAAUUUCCAUUCUUAGUUCAUACUCAGAAGAGUAGAGACCCUCAAACCAAUCUUAAGGAUGUUAAUGUAUACUGGGAUUUCUUAUGCAACAAUCCAGAGUCUGUACAUAAUGUCAUGUUUGUAUUCUCUGAUCGUGGUACUCCAGCUACAUAUAGAAACAUGCAUGGUUACUCGGCACAUACUUACAAGUGGAUUAAUAAAGACGGUGAGUUUCAUUAUGUUCAAAUUCAUCUUAAGACUGACCAAGGUAUCAAAAAUUUGAGUAAUGAUCAGUCACAUGCUUUAAAAGCAGAUAAUCCAGAUCAUGCUGGUCAAGAUCUUCAUGAAUCGAUUGAUAAUGGUGAUUUCCCAUCAUGGACUUGUUAUGUACAAACUAUGACAUCCGAACAAGCUGAAAAGGCCAAAUUUAGUGUUUUUGACUUAACCAAGAUUUGGCCUCAUUCGGAGUAUCCCCUCAGAAGAUUUGGAAAACUUGUUCUUAAUAGGAAUCCUCUCAAUUAUUUUGCUGAAGUUGAACAAGCCGCUUUCAGUCCAGCUAAUACUGUUCCAGGCAUUGAACCAUCUGCUGAUCCCGUAUUACAAGCUAGAUUGUUUUCUUAUAAUGACACUCAUCGUCAUCGUUUAGGACCUAACUUUAACCAAAUUCCCAUCAAUUGCCCACUUCAGGCACACAGUCCAUUCCAAAGAGACGGCCAGGGAUGUGUCAAUGGUAAUUAUGGAUCAGAACCAAACUACCCAAGCUCUUACCAUCCACUCAAUUAUCGUUUAGAUGCUUCUAAUAAUGAAGCGCAUGAAAAAUGGGUUGGUGAAGCAACUAGUUUUCAGUGGGCAGCAACCUCAAAUGAUUACGAUCAAGCACUCGCUUUAUGGGAAGUAUUUAAGAAGACUGGUCAGAAGGAUGCAUUCUUGUACAACAUUUCUGAUAAUUUAAAGAGCGCUAGAACAGAUGUCCAAGAUCGUGUCUUUAAGUUAUUUGGUAAAGUUUCACUGGAGAUUGAAGAAGCUGUUCGUAAAGCCACUUUGAAGGUAUCCCCACGGAAGUAGCUUUUUUUCUGACGAUGUGCCUUGUUAUUGGUGCAAAAUAUUGGUGAUAUUGAGGAGUGUGUAGUAGUAAACUGAAUAAAUAUACGAGAUGGAUAAUAGUCUUAAGCUGAGGCGAUAAGGCGGAUAGAUUUACGCUUUGGUGGUAAUUUUGUAGAAUUUAGGAUUGUGCCAAAGAUGAAGAACCUUAAUUAAUCAAAUGGCUCAUCCUCAUGAUGGGGCAUUUU